UUUAAAAUUUUUGUUGCUGUUCUUGACAACCGUCUUAAUGAUUAUGACAUCAGUUAUUAAUGCUUGUGACCCUGACGGAACUGCAUGUCAAACUGAUGUUCCAACAAAUUGUUGUUCAGGAUUUUGUUAUAAACCAAUAGGAUGGGCUCUAGGAAAUUGUAGAGCUCGUUGUGAACCAGAUAGAACUCCAUGUCAACCUGAUGAUACUACAAAUUGUUGUACAGGAUUUUGUUACAAACCAGAAGGAGCAACUAUAGGAUAUUGUAGAUCUCGAAUCCCACCUUGUGCACCAGAUGGUACUCCAUGUCAACCAGAUGGAAGUACAAAUUGUUGUUCAGAAUUUUGUUAUAAACAAGUAGGAUGGGAAAUAGGAUAUUGCAGAUACCGUUAAAGAAACAACAGAAUGUUGAUACAAUUUUUCACGAAGUAGUAUAAGAAGACCCCACUGCUAUAUUAAGCCCACGAAAAGUU